AACCGCGAAUAGAUCAAAUAUCGAUAAAACGGCGUAUCGGUUGUCGUGGUGUGGAGUGUGAUUAAUUCUAAAUAAAUGUUUGUUGAAUGGAGUUUAAAUUUUACUGUUUCAUUCGUUUCUAAAUUUUGUUAAACGUUUUAGAUUGCGUGUUGAAAGAGGAUUUACGGUCAUAGUUUUCUGAUAUAUUCACGACUUCAUGUAAGUGCCAAGGAGGAAGGGGAUAACACCAGUUAAUAUUAAGGAUACAUGUACAGGAAAACGAAGCAGACCUACUAGAUGGAAAUGGCAGCAACACGAGUGUAGUAUAACAACCGUCUUAAUAUAACUAAGGGACAUAAGAGACGUACAACAGUCUUACUAUAGGUACCCUGGCAACAGAUUGAAACUAAGAACACGUCUAUCAAGAAGAUGUCGAGAUCGGAUAUGUUUGCUGUCGGCGCAGGCGUCGGUGGUAGCCAGCGUGAGGCGUCGGUUACAGUCACUGGAUCGGCAGUGCAAACGACAGCAUCCGCCGCGGAAAUGAAAAUGCUGGAGGGUCAAGUUAAGUUCUGUCAGGCGCGGGCUACAUCUGUGGAGAAGUCAUAUGGAGGGUUCUGUGAGACUCUUGGGUCAAUUGCAAGAAAAAUUGCAAAAAUGAGAGACAGAGGAGACAGACUUUCUAAACAGGUUCUAGAAUUUGCUGAAAAUGAAAAAAUAAGUGCAUCAACUAGUAAAAACCUGAAGGAUUUUGCACACUCAUUUGCUGCUAUACAAGAUUACCGUGAUGCUGAGGUUCGCAGAAUUGAAGCUAAAGUUAUAAAACCCUUAAGUUUAUAUGGAGCCAAAUGUAAAACAGUAAAGCAAGUCAUUAAGAGAGAACAAGGUGCCAUUGCUCGGGAAGAAAAGCAAAGAAAAAACUUGGAAAAAGUGCGCAGGAAGAAUGCUGAUGCUCACACUGUGGCUGCGGUAAGUUACCCUUUUUAUUUUUCAACAAUUCAAAACGCUGAAACUGAACUGAAGAAGGCCCAGAACGAUGCCUCCAUCGGCAGUGAAGGCCUUGGAAAGCAGAUGAGACAGUUUGAGAAGGAAAAACUGCAUGACUUGAAGCAUGCUCUGGCAGACUUUGUCAGCGUUGAGAUGGUGUUUCACUCCAAGGCCAUAGAAUACUACUCAAAAUGCUUCGAAAGUCUGGCGAACAUAGACGAAGAAGAUGAUCUCGUGAGUUUUGUGGAGGGCACUAUUACGGAAUUUUCCCGCAAACUCAGUCGAGUGCAGGGCAUUAGUCCCAUGCUUGCCUCUGAUCUCGUUAUACCCGAGGGAACGGUUCAGUCCAUGAUGUCAACAGGACAGGACACGUCUGAGUAUACGUCCACUGGCGAGUCCUAUACAUACACAUACGGAGACUCUACCAUGUCCAGCUCAGGAGAAAAACGAGUACGCAUCCAGGCUAGACAAACUAUGUAUGAUGAUGAUGACGAUGAUGAAGAUGAUGAUGAUGAUGAAGAAGAAGAAGAUGAUGAUGACGAUGACGAAACUGAAACGGACAAACAUCAAAUGUACUCAAGACCAAUAAAACGAUAGUUUGAUAAGCAUUCAUAUGUACAAUAUGCUUGUUUACCUUCAGUUUGCACUUUUCAUUGGGUGUAUUGCCUAGAAAGGCUGCUUAAUCAUAUAUUGUCAUAAUAAAGAAUAACUGGAAUUGUACAUUGUUCACCAAUUUAUUUUGAUAUAAAAUUCCACAUGAUAAAAAUCUUUUGAAACUGAAAUGCAUGUUAACAUGAGUUGAUGUUAUCACAAGUUGCAAAAGUGUUUUAAUUAAGUCAUGACAAACAUAAAAAUAUAUGUUAGGGGAUACAUGCAGGCAAAUAUCAACACACUUGUGUAAAAGUAUAUGGCCUAGGAUUAAGUUCAAACAAGUACACAUAUGCUGGUAAUAUUAAAAUAAAAUGUAAUAAGUACUAUAGUGUUUAUUGAUGAAUCAAACUAGUUAAUACAUAUCAGGUAUGUUAACACAUAACAUGUUUAUUCUAUAAACAUCAUGUAAAUGUGUGUUGCAACCACAUGUAUGUGAAGUAGUAUCAAACUAAGACAAACAGGUACCAUUAUGCAUAUGCUUUGUAUGCUGUUUCUCGGUCUGAUGAAUUUUAACUACUAGACACCUGUUUAUAUAACUUCAUUAUUCAAAUUGAUUUUAUAUUAAAAUUGUAUACUUGGAUGGAUUAACAAAAAACACCACACAAACGAAAGUAUAUUCAUGAGUGCAUUAUUUAGGUUUAAAAAUUCAGUUGAAAAGAAAGUAUUGAAAAGGAUUAGACUAACAUUAAUGCCAGAAUGUAACAAGACUCAUAAACAAUUCAAAUUGCACAGUUUUAUGAGAAUAAAAAAAAAUGCAGUCAUUGUUUGAUGUUGUAUUCUAACUUGAUAUGAUGGUUCAGUGUUAUGACAUGAUAUACAUGUAUAUGAACUUUUAAAUUCUGUCAGCGUAUCUUGUUGAAGUUGGUUAUGUGUUAUCUUUUAUUAUUUUUCAAUCAUCUUUUUGUUUUAUCUUUUGUACACCAUGACAUAAAUUUAAUUACUUAUAAGAAAACAUUUUAUAUGAAGUUUAACAUUAAUACGCCAUGACAAAAAUUAAAUACAGGAUGCAGGAUCACCAGGGUUCACAGGAUGUACACACAGGCUGGACAGAAUGUUAACACUCAGUUAAUAACUUUAUUUUUGCAAAAAUCUUCAGUCUAUAAAGGCAAGUUUUUCUUGCUGUUUGUGCCGAUAUCUUAUGAUUUAAGAAUAAAUCCUUCAAUACGUCUGAAAGCUGUGCCACAAUUUCACGUUUGUGUGCAGCAAAGCAGUGGACAUGAAUGCUGUACACAUCAAAUUUUUGCCAAGAACACAGGCUUAUAAAAAAUAAAGUAGUUCUGAUAUAUUUUGCCAUAAGCAGAAUAAAAACUUUAGUUAAUGAACUUGUUGACAUUCUAAAGAAAAGUUGUUUUUAAAAAGCACUACUUACCGAUGUGUUUACAUCCAUUAAUGUUAAUUUGUGAGCCCCACAAAGUUAUGUGUUCCUGCACCCUGAAUAGUCAAUAUACCGAUUUUUAGCUCGGCUGUUUACGGAGAAAACCCGAGGUAUUGUCAUAGCCAGCUCGUCGUGUUUGUCGUCAUGUCGUCCCCUUUGUGCUUAAACCUUUACAUUUUGUCAAGGUUUUGAACAUUGCCUCUAAAUAAAUAAAUAAAAAUACAACUUUGAAACUUCGUAUGUAGCUGCACCAUGACUAGCUCUACAUGCCGCACCCAUUUUUGGGUCACUAGGUCAAAGGUCAAGGUCACUGUGACCUCUAAAAAAAUAAAAAAAUAAAAUAAAAUUCUGACAAGCUUUCAUUUAUUCAAAACUGCACCACAGCCGAGCGUGGCACCUGUUAUGCGGUGCUCUUGUUUUCAAACAUGUUAAUUUUUAUACGAGGUUAUACGUCUUUCUGUUUCCUCAAUAACAUCUAAUAGAAUAUUAUACUACAUAAAAAAAUGUUUACAGUUAUAUGUGAUAAUAUUGUCUUGCAAUAUUUGAAAACAUGUUAUAUUUGCUGUGAUUUUUGUUUUCGUUUUUUGCCUAUGUAUAUUUUGCAUUCCGUAUGCAACCGUAUUUUAUUGAUUCCGAAAGGUAUUGAGCUGAAAUAUGAACAUCAUUAUACAUAUUAUUUCUAUUAGAAAAAAUUUUCUUUCUUAACUUAAGGAUGAAAUAAUUAUGGCUUUAAAGAAGGAAUAAUAUUAUUCAUUAUUCAAUCUUAAACACAUGUCGAAACUUUUUUUUUGUGGUACACAAAUAUUUGAAGGACAUGCAUCUUUUUGUAUAGAACAUACAUCUGCAUUGAAUUGUUUCAACCAAUAAUGCUUUGUGGUACGUAAAUUUAACACUUGCCAUAACAAUUAUUCAUUUUUAUAAAGUAUUUGCUUUUGUAAAUAUAGCUUAUAUAAUUGUUGCUGAAAUAAAUAUUUAUUUUUUUUCCUUGCAAUUUAACGUAAAUAUUUUCACAGCAGUUAAUACUUUCUAAUGUACUCUUUUUUAACGAUGCAAAACGAACAUGUUUUUAUCUGCAGUUUUAUUUUUAGUGUUAGUUUUUCAUACAUCUUGUACAAGAAUGAAAUUUUCAAAAAAGUUUGCCUCUAAUAAAUAUUUGGUUCAUUUUGUCAUAAAAACCCUAUAUAUUACUGUAGCUUCUGAUUGUAGUUCUGUGUAUAAUAUAUAGUUGAUUUUUAGAUUUUUUGUUAUUGAAAUUUGUUUGAACACAAUAUUAUUUAUAUUAUUUUAAUAAGAUAAAGAACAAGCAAGUACUGCAACAUGACCAUUGCAUAGAUGACUGGUAAGAUGGAUUUUUUGAUACUGCGACAUGACCAUUGCAUUAAUGACUGGUGAGGUUAUCCGAUCAUCAUAACAGCGUUAAUGGAAUGACUCUGUGAUAAAUGUUAGUGAAUUCAACAAUUUUAAUAUACAGCAAACACAUACAGUAUAGUGACAUCAUUUCGUUAUUUUUCAUGACACUAUUAGAUUUUUUGUCAUUUGAGCUUUUUUUUAUAAGCCCCAUAAACCAUAACUCUUGCUUCCUUAUUUUAAGAGUUAUUUUCCUUUGUUUAGUUUUGUUCUAAUAAUUUGUCCUGAGCAUAUCUCAAAAACGAUUAGAGAUAUCAACUUGAAACUUCACAGGUAGGUAGGGGACCUGCAGUGCACAAAAAACAAAAAAUAAAUCUUGCUUCCCUACUUUUUAUUUUGUGCUGAAUUAUCUAAGAAAGUAAAAGAGGUAUCCAUUUAAAAUGUCAUAGGUUGGAAUAUCUCAUUAAGAGGGGUGGUUUAUUUGGAAAUCUAUAAUUAUGAAUAUCAACUAUUAAGUUUAUAUGUAGGUAGAUCUGACUGAAGUGCAGUGCACACGAACAAUAACUCUUGGCUCUUUAUUUUUGUAGUUAUCCCCCUAUUUAAAUUUUGUAUUGAGAAUAUAUUGAAAACCUUAAAGGUAUCAACUUGAAACUUUAUUAAGAAGUAUAUCUCAUAGGGAGGUUCAGUGAAUAUGUACAUUAACUCUUGCUUGUUGUUUUAGAGUAAUUGCCCUUUGUUUAUUUUUCAAUUUAAAUUUUGUUCAGAGCAUAUCUUGAAAACUUUAAGAGGCAAGAUCUUGAAACUUAGUAAGUAGAUAUACAUCAUGAACAUUGCAUAAAAACCAUAGCUCUUGUUCCAUUUUUAUUAUUUGUAUAGUUUUUUCUGUUUUUAGCUCACCUGAGCACAACAUGCUCAUGGUGAGCUUUUGUGAUCGCCUUUUGUUCGUUAUGCGUUGUGCGGCGUCAACAUUUGCCUUGUUAACUCUCUAGAGGGCACAUUUAUUGUCCAAUCUUUAUGAAAUUUUACCAGAAGAUUGGUCUCAUUGAUAUCUUGGAUGAGUUCGAAAAUGGAAACUUUUGCUUGAAAAACAUGGCUGCCAAAGGGCGGUGCAUUUUUCCUUAUAUUGUUAUAUGGCUAUAGUAAAAUCUUGUAGAGGCCACAUUUAUUGUCUGAUCUUCAUGAAACUUGGUAAGAAGAUUCAUCCCAAUAAUAUAUUGGAUGAGUUUGAAAAUGAUGCUGGUUGGUUGAAAAAAAUGGCAGCCACGGGGCGGGGCAUUUUUCCUUAUAUGGCUAUAGUAAAACCUUGUUAACACUCUAGAGGCCACAUUUAUUUUCCGAUCUUCAUGAAACUUGCUCAGAAGAUUUGUCCCAAUGAUUACUUGGAUGAGUUCAAAAAUGGUAACCUUUGCUUGAAAAACAUGGCUGCCAAGGGGCGGGGCAUUUUUCCUUAUAUGGCUAUAGUAAAACCUUGUUAACACUCUAGAGGCCACAUUUAUUGUCCAGUCUUCAUCAAAUUUGGUCAGAAGAUUGGUCUCAAUGAUAUCUUGGAUUAGUUUGAAAAAACUUAUGUUUGCUUGAAAAACAUGGCUUCCAAGGGGCGAGGCAAUUUUCCUGAUAUUGAUAUAGUAAAAUCUUGUUAACACUCUAGAGGCCACAUUUACUUUCCGAUCUUCAUGAAACUUGGUCAGAAGAUUCAUCUCAAUAAUAUCUUGGACGAGUUCAAAAAUGAUGCCGGUUGGUUAAAAAACAUGGCUGCCAGGGGGCGGGGCAUUUCUCCUUAUAUGGCUAUAGUAAAACCUUGUUAACACUCUAGAGGCCACAUUUAUUUUCCGAUCUUCAUGAAACUUGGUCAGAAGAUUUGUUCCAGUAAUAUCUUGUUAUCUAAGGUGAGCGACUUUGGGCCUUUCAGGCCCUCUUGUUUUUAGCUCACCUGUCACGAAGUGACAUGGUGAGCUUAUGUGACCAUGUGAUUUCCGGCGUCCGUUGUGUGUGCAUGCGUGUGUGCGUGGGUCUGUCCGUCUACAAUUUGUUUGUGUAGACAGUAGAUGUCACAGUUUUCAUCCAAUCUUUAUGAAAUUUGGUCAGAAUGUUUAUCUUGAUGAAAUAUGGCUUGGAAAUGUAUUUGGGUCAUCUGGGGUCAAAAACUAGGUCACUAGGUCAAAAACUAGGUCAAAUAAUAGUAAAACCUUGUGUAGACAAUAGAGGUCGCAGUUUUCAUCCAAUCUUUAUGAAAUUUGGUCAGAAUGUUUAUCUUGAUGAAAUCUGGGUUGGGAUUGUAUUUGGGUAAUCUGAGGUCAAAAAAUAGGUCACUAGGUCAAAUAAUAGAAAAACCGUCAACAAUUUGUUUGUGUAGACAGUAGAGGUCACAGUUUUCAUCCAAUCUUUAUGAAAUUUGGUCAGAAUGUUUAUCUUGAUGAAAUCUGGGUUGGGAUUGUAUUUGGGUCAUCUGGGGUCAAAAACUAGGUCACUUGGUCAAAAACUAGGUCACUAGGUGAAAUAAUAGAAAAACCUUGUAUAGACAAUAGAGGUCGCAAUUUUCAUCCAAUCUUUUAAAAUUUGGUCAGAAUGUUUAUCUUGAUGAAAUCUGGGUUUGGAUUGUAUUUGGGUCACCUGGGGUCAAAAACUAGGUCAAUAGGUCAAAUAUUAGAAAAACCUUGUGUAGACAAUAGAGGUCACAGUUUUUAUCCAAUCUUUAUGACAUUUGGUCAGAAUGUUUAUCAUGAUGAACACUGGUUUGGGAUUAUAUUUGGUUAGUCAGGCGAGCGAUUCAGGGCCAUCAUGGCCCUUUUGUAUUAAUUUUAUGUUUGAAUGGGAUAGAAAUUAAAAAUAAUUCAGUUUUAUACUAGAUGGGUCUAUAUAUAAAUAUGUGUGUGUGUAUAUAUAUAUAUAUAUAUAUAUAUAUA